UGACUUGUUAACCAAAGCAGAUAAUAAGUAAUUUAAAUCUGUAUGUUAUUGACACAAUGAAAUGAAGAAUUUUUCAUUCAGAAACUCAGAUGUUGGAGAGACCAUCGUUGCAGACGACGACGCCCAUAGCAUUCGAAGAUUGGACACCAAAGUUCCAUUUUUGUCAUCUAGUGGCUUAUGACAACCACUGUUCUCUUGAWAUGAAUUCCGCUGAGGCUAUGAUGCGAUUGACUGCAAGCUUGCUAGUAACUUGUUUGUUUCUUCGUUUAUCCUCUGCUUUCGUGGCGGAGAACGGCAGCCACGUAAAUCGUGAACGGACCAGAAGGACUGUCCCAUCAUCACGAAGACGAAAAAUUGCGAAGCCACUGAGUACGGGGACCACUACACAAUGCUGGGGGAAAUAUGGGCGGAACACGCCCAAAAGGACGAGAAUUGACACAGACGAUAUUCUCUCUUACGAACGGACCCUGAUCACCGAUCGGGGAUAUUCUUACAUUCUGGGUAGCGACGAGAGCGGAAGGGGAAGCAUCGCAGGACCCGUUGUUGCGGCAACUUGUUGUAUCCUCACACUAUCGAACAACGGGGAAGUGAUCGAUCCUUCGUGUUUACCGACAGUUGACCUUCUUCCUCUGCCCGACRGWAGCAGCAGGAGCAAGAACAAGCUUAUCCAAGACAGCAAACAACUAUCUCCCGAGGAUCGAGAACAAAUUUAUGAGACGAUUGUCAACAAUCCACAGGUGUACGCCUUUUCGGUGGCUCAGCGAUCUAAUACCGAAAUCGACAGGACGAACAACAUCCUCACGUCUUCGAUGGAGGCGUUUCGGGAAUCGAUCGAGGACUUGACUCGAGACAAGUUGUUUCCGCACAUAUUUUCAUCUCAACAAAAUGCUGGUAAAAGCGGUAACAACGACRACGAGGAUGUCCAAAUAGAAAUACCAGAUGAAUGGGRAAACUGUGGAUGCUAUGGGAUUGUAGAUGGGAAGAAAGCGCCGAAGCUAUCUACCAUUCMGUCCUUUCCAUGCCGACCAAUGGUGAAGGCCGAUCAACAAGUUUACACAGUAGCAUUGGCCUCCAUAAUUGCGAAGGUUACUCUUGAUCGCAUGACCGAAGAAUGGCAUAAAUCAUACCCUAGUUAUGGAUUCGAUCAAAACAAGGGCUACGCUACUAAAGAUCACAUMGAGGCAAUUCACGAACACGGACCAUGUCCUUUACAUCGAAUGACGUUUAAAUCUCUAAAAGGCAGAUAAUCAUUCAUGGUAAUUUUUUUUGAGAGAGAGGUGUAAAUAUUUCGUUCAAAACAAACUUGCAAAGACUUCAAAAAUUCAGAUACACAUAAAAAAUUAAGACAUAG